ACGGAAGUACGGACAGUCUGCCACCUAGCCGGCCUGCGCCUGGCGGCUUCCCCUCCCCAGGCUCAUCAACUAUGUGUGUGCUGUGGCUCCUCGCGGCUCUGCUGGCCAUUGGCCAGGCCCUACCCUUUGAACAGAAAGGCUUCUGGGACUUCGCCCUAGACGAUGGGCUGCUCAUGAUGAACGAUGAAGAGGCAUCGGGUGCCGACACGACCUCAGGAGUGCCAGACCAGGAUGCCGUCACGCCCACUUUCAGUGCUAUGUGUCCCUUCGGGUGUCACUGCCAUCUGCGGGUCGUUCAGUGUUCUGACCUGGGUCUGAAGACUGUGCCCAAGGAGGUGUCGCCUGACACCACGCUGUUGGACCUGCAGAACAACGACAUCACUGAGCUGCGCAAGGAUGACUUCAAGGGCCUGCAGCACCUCUACGCCCUUGUCCUGGUGAACAACAAAAUCACCAAGAUCCAUGAGAAGGCCUUCAGCCCCCUGCGGAAGCUGCAGAAGCUCUACAUCUCCAAGAACCACCUGGUGGAGAUUCCACCCAACCUUCCCAACUCACUGGUAGAGCUGCGCAUACAUGACAACCGCAUCCGCAAGGUGCCCAAGGGCGUGUUCAGUGGGCUCCGCAACAUGAACUGCAUCGAGAUGGGCGGGAACCCCCUUGAGAACAGUGGCUUUGAACCCGGAGCCUUUGAUGGCCUGAAGCUCAACUACCUGCGCAUCUCGGAGGCCAAGCUCACUGGCAUUCCCAAAGAUCUUCCCGAGACCCUGAAUGAACUGCAUCUGGACCACAAUAAAAUUCAAGCAAUCGAGCUGGAGGAUCUGCUCCGCUACUCCAAGCUGUACAGGCUGGGCCUGGGCCACAACCAGAUCCGGAUGAUUGAGAAUGGGAGCCUGAGCUUCCUGCCAACCCUACGGGAGCUGCACCUGGACAACAACAAGCUGUCGAGGGUGCCCGCCGGGCUGCCCGAUCUGAAGCUCCUCCAGGUGGUCUACCUGCACUCCAACAACAUCACCAAGGUGGGUGUGAACGACUUCUGUCCUGUGGGCUUCGGAGUCAAGCGGGCCUACUACAACGGCAUCAGCCUUUUCAACAACCCUGUGCCCUACUGGGAGGUGCAGCCAGCCACCUUCCGCUGUGUCACUGACCGCCUGGCCAUCCAAUUUGGCAACUACAAGAAGUAGAUGCAGCGCUACCUGCCAUGCUGCCUGCAGUAAGGGUCUCUGCCAGAGGAAGCAAAGCAAGGGAGCCCUGCCUGGCUGUACCCCACCUGAGGACCCCAUUCACCACCCUAACGUGCCUCUCCCCAGCCCCUCCUCCUGCGAGUAGCCACAGGUACAGCCCCCAUCGUCCGCACCCUCGGCCUCCCGACUGUCUCGGCUCAGCCACCACAGCCACUCAGAUGCACCCCUGCCAGCUUUCUUCCCUCACAUUCCAAAAAUCCACCUGGCCCAGGCUACAGUCCUAGGGAAAUGGCCCAUGGCCUAUGAGGCCAAGGCAGGUAGGGGUUGAAGGACUCUGCUGAGGCCUCCAAACUCGGGCAGGCAUGGCUUCCUCCUCAUCAGCUCCUUCCAUGUGUCUUUUAAGUUACUGGGCCCAUUGCCCCUCGGCCUUUCCGUGUUAGGCACCUUGCUCUGUUGGCCCCUAGAACAGUCUGUCUGUCUGUUUCUCUGUCUCUGUCUCUCUCUCUCUCUCUCUCACACACACACACACACACACACACGCACACACACACAUCCUGACUCUGUGCCUUAGGUUGACUCUGUCUCUGUCUUUCUGCCCAGCCCUGUCUUAGUCAAUCUGGGGGCAACUGCCCCUCCUGGCCUGCCCUACCCAGGCCUUGCCACCAGCCCAGAUGGUCCUGGAAGAGGUGAGCAGGUGAGGCCCUGCAUCCGUGAGCUUUAGAGCAGCUUGUGCUCCACACAUUCAAAAGGGAGCCUUUCUCCUGUCAGCUGCAGAGCCUCCUGGGCUGCACCUGAGACACAAGCGGGACCUCCAUCA